GAUGCUAGUCUACUGGUGUAAACAGGGGUACGCUUCAUUAGGCUUCUCGAUAUUGGCCGGAAAUUAAACGUGUUGAUGAAACGUUUUGGACGUUUGGUUCCAUACUGAAUUCGAAAGCAAAAUUGGGAUUCAGCAGUAAAGAAAAGUUUGGAGAAGUUUUACGUCUAAGGCGAAUAGAAGAAGAGGACGCAUCGGAUUCUGCAACAGCAAAGGACUGGUAUUUACUUCAGUGUCCAUUUCAGGAUGUUUUUAACUUCCUUCAUCAGAGUGUCUUCUUCUCUCCCCGUGUUCUAGAAUAAGGAAGGACGUAUUGUUAAUGUGAAUGCCUGUCUCUACGGUAGAGAGAGAUUAAACCCAAGGAGGAAGAAACAGUGAAGCUUUUAUUGCGCUCCGCCUUUCCCGCGUGCUGAACUGAACCAUGCAGCAUCCCUUGGACUUGGGGGCUCACUAUUAUCCCCCGGAGGUUCACCCCGACCACCGCUCCCACUCACACCGCUACCGAAGCUUUAUGAUCGAAGAGAUUCUCACCGACCACCCGGACCAUAAGGUGUCUACCCCGGCAGGGGAGCUGCUCAAGUUCGGAGUACAAGCUCUGCUCUCGGCGCGGCCAUACCACAAUCACCUGGUUUUGAAGGCAGACCAAUCGGGUAUGCUGAAGUUCCCGAUGUCGCCACUCUCCUGCUCACUGGGAUCACCGUUAGGCUCCGCUCUCCUAUCCGGGGCUCCGGGGCUCCACGGCGGCUCAGCUUCCCACCACCUCCCGUUGGACCUCCACCUCCGGAGCAAGCUGGAGCACGGCGGAGACGGCAACAGCAAGACCAAGAAAGGCCGCCGGAGUAGGACGGUCUUCACUGAGCUACAGCUAAUGGGCCUGGAGAAAAGAUUUGAGAAACAGAAGUACCUUUCAACACCAGACAGAAUAGAUCUGGCUGAGUCUCUGGAUCUGAGUCAACUACAAGUCAAGACCUGGUACCAGAACAGACGAAUGAAAUGGAAGAAAAUAGUCCUACAAGGAGGAGGAUUGGAAUCUCCAACCAAACCAAAAGGCCGUCCUAAGAAGAAUUCCAUCCCGUCGAGCGAGCAGCUUUCGGAGCAGGAGAGGUCUGGAGACGUCGACCGUCAAUCGGACGGUUCCACCUCGUCACAUUCAGACACUAACCAAGAGGAAUAAUAAUGUUGGUGCUCCGACUAACUGACAACUCUCUGAAGACGUUCACCAGACGUUCAUACAGCCUCUGGGAUGCGUAAUGGUGGUCGACGGUUGAAUCGAAGUGCCUUGCCCUUGACUUCGAUAUUUUUGGCACUUAUAUAGAGAGACUGAUGUUGGCCUCCCGUAGGAGAGGCGGAACUCUAUUUUUAUUACUAGUAUCGUCCUCCAGACACUUCCUCCUUGGGACGAGGUUACUUUUUGUAUGCUAUUGUCACAUCUUCUUUCGUAAUCAAUGUGUUGUCAAUACCUAUGCUUCCAUCCGCGUCACGCCGAACUAACCGUUAUGGAGCGGUUGCGGAGGGAGGGAGGGAGGGACACACAUCGAGCAGUAGGUGCACUCUUUCAUUGCCUCCAUUCAAAUGACCCACUUUACACAUGCGUCUUCUGUUCUGCUUUUGUUUAGCAUAUUUACAUGUUUUAUUAGGCUAUGUUUUUAUUAUAAGGACAUUGUUGGAUGUAAUUAAAUAUUUUUUCACUUACA